AUGAAACUGCAAUAUUAUUUCUUGGCUACUCUGACCUGCGUUGCCGGUUCGCUAGACUUUAAUUUAAGCGAAAAUGGAAAAUCCCCGAACCAAAGUUCAAACGAGAAGAUAAUUUCAUCUGUGAACGAAUUGGGUUUUCACUUAAUAAAAGAGUUGAUGAGAUCAAACCAAAAUAAAAAUGUCGUCAUCUCUCCGGCUGGUAUUUCUGGAUUACUUGCGAUGACAUUAUUGGGAAGCGUCGGUGAGUCGUACGAGGAACUCGCUCGGGUCCUUGGAUUUUCCGAAGACGUACAACGAAACCGCGAAAACCACGAACAUUUCGGAGAAUUGUUGCGGGCAUUGAAUUCGAAUGACACUACGAGUAAAACCCUGUAUUCUGACGCAAUUUUUACUGAUACAAGAUCAACGCUACGAGAAGUUUUUCGCGUCUAUUUAAAUAGAGUUUAUGGUGGAGAAGCGAUAGCAACAGACUUUCAGGACAAACUCCAGGCGAAAAAUGUUAUUAAUGAGUGGGUUAAAAAUAACACAAUAGGAAAAAUUCCGGAUUUCCUAAAACAAACUCUACCUAUCGACACAAAAGUUGUUUUGUUGAGUGCGCUUUAUUUUAGCGGUCAAUGGCAGCACCCGUUUUUAAUAGAAUACACAAAAAGCCUCCCAUUUACAGGACCUACUGGUACAAGUAUGGUCGACCAAAUGCUGAACAUGGGCACAUUUCCUUACUUGAAUUCAUAUACUGAUGAUUUACAUAUGGUGGCUCUCCCCUAUAAUGAUAGUUCGACUAUAAUGUAUGCUUUGAAACCUCGUCGACCAAAAGAGCUCAGUCUCCCCGAACUGUUGAGUAGAUUAGAUUUUGACAAGGUGAAUUCCUUAAUUGAUAAAAUGAAAACAAGGAAGUGUGUUAUUCGAUAUCCGAAAAUGGACUUGCAGUGGACGGAAGAUUUGAAAGACUCGUUAAAAGCGCUCGGGGUAACGUCCAUGUUUCAACCGGACCAAGCGAAUUUUGCUCUAAUGGUCGAUAGUAAUAUGGUUGUAAAUAAAACCGAAAAUGAGGUGCUGAGCAGGAUCAAUGCUGGAGACUUAGAAGAAAGGUCGUUCAAAGAAAUAGUGAAUAGCCUCCCAAAUCCUGGAGUUUAUGUCGAUAGUAUUUUACAUGACGUCAAAAUAACAAUUGAUGAGUAUGGUACAGAGGCAGUAGCGGCCACAAGUGGUAUACUAGCACGUUCCGCUGAGCUGUUUUAUGCUGAUACUCCGUUCUUCAUGUUUAUUAGAAACGAAAAAACUAAACUAGUCACCUUUAGUGCUGCUAUAUUUGACCCUAAUUCAUAA